CGGGUACAGGAGGAGCUGGUACAGGAGAAGAUUUUAAGUUUUAGUUAAAAUACCUGAGUUUGGUGGAAAAGAUGUGUGGCUUCGACAAGCAGAAAGGCCCAGGGAGGCUCAUGACCAAAGGACUAACACUGAUCGUUGUGGGUCAUGUCAAUUUUAUCCUGGGUGCCAUUGUUCAUGGCAGUGUUUUACGGCACAUCUCUAAACCCAGUGGGAAAAUCUCUACAGAAUACACAGUGUCCAACAUCAUAGCUGUGACAUCAGGACUGCUGAGCAUUGCAAGUGGAAUUGUUGCAAUAUUGGUAUCAAGGAACAUUACCAAUUUUAAACUGCAUGUGGGUCUGUUGGUAAGCUCCUGCUUAAACGCACUACUCUCUGCUGCCUGCUGUGUUGGACUGCUGCUGGCCAUCAGCCUCACUAUUAAAGGCGAUGGUAACGUCCUUAUGCAGGGAUGCAACUCCACAAAUGGGCCCAUUAAUGCUCGCUCUCCUAUCUCUGCCAACUGCCCUUUUGAUACCACUCGCAUCUAUGAUACAACUCUGGCUCUGUGGUUUCCUUGUACUCUUUUAUCAGCAUUGGAAUCCGGUCUGUCUGUGUGGUGCUUUAUUGUGGGUCUUACCUUGAGAGGCAUUGGGCCUUGUGCUCACCCAUAUCUUAAAGAACAGCUGGAAGAGGAUGCCUUGGCAUCCACAUCAAAGGCAGGUCCAGAAUUUCCAGCUCCAAGCCAACAUCUCAUUGAACACACUUCUGACCAGGCAUAAAUUAAUCAAUCAGAAUGCUGUGGUGAGUUUGCCAACAUAUCUGUGGUAUAGAAAUAUACCUGUGACCUUUUUCUUUAGUGGGCUAUCAAUAAAGCUAUUGUAAAACAAAAAUAAUGAUUGUCAGCUGAUGAUAAUGCUUGGCAAGCUGUUUAUAUUAAACUCUAAAUGACUCAGAAUUUACUAAUACACUUAUACUUUCAUUUACGAUUGGAAAAGCUCUGCAGCUAAGCUUGUAGCAGACUAACUGUUUUAGUUGAUCCUUGACUGGACUAAUACAUUUUGUCUUGGAUUGCAUGUCGACUGAAGCUUUUGUUAUAAUUUGCAUAAUUAUAAUUAUUUAAAUGUUUUAAAAUAAUUAAUAAUUAUUUAAAAAGUAUGUAACUGUGCCUAAUACUCAGUUCAGUAUUAGCAUGUCAGCUUCCUGUGUGCUAAUGUGUCUUUAUAUUAGUUGCUAAAUUAUAAUCUGUUCUAACAGUAUAUUUUAUAAUUUCCCCUUUUUUUAGUCCAAAACGUUUUGUACAUUUUUUAAUAAAAUUAUUUCUGAUUCUGUUUUGUUUUCUUGCUAAUCCCUCAUUGCAUAACACUGUACAGUAUUGCCCAAUCUGCUCAUGUGUAAUAAAAGAUUUGGGACAUCUAAUAUCACUUAUAGCUUAUUAUUAAUCUGACUUGUAUUGCAUUGUUUUUAUCCUAAAUGUAUUUAAACAAGCUAAAAUACCAAGGAUAUAGCUAUUAGACUUAGAAAUGUAUUUUAUAAUAGUAAAAAAAUAUAAAUUUAAAGUUAACUUCAAGUAUUUCUCUGACAGUGGGACAAAAUGAGAGAUCGAGUAGGUGUGCAAGGUGUUAAAGUAUUAAGAAUAAUAAUAAUGAGUAAAAGGAAAGUUGCAAUUAAUAAUGAAAGUGCAUACUUACAGAUGUUUUUCAAUGUUCAGACAUCAACCUAUGACUGAUACUGUGAAAAUAAAGUGUGAAGUUUGUGUCAGAGGUUUGUGUUAUAGCAUUGUGGACCAUAUUAAAUUUAAUGAAAUCAUGUUUUUUUUACAUUUCAUUGUUUACACUUGUUGUUUUUUGUUUAUUUCCUUUAUUAACAGAUUUUGUUCCAAUAAAUUCUACUGUUUCUGUUACUGUA